AUGGAACUCUUUAACUUAGGUACAAGAUCAAGGAAAAUCGGCCUCACAAUCAGAAGAAAGAUUUCGAAGGAUGAGUAUAGCAUGGAAAAUGUUGACGAUUUCUUUAAUGAUGAUGAGGACGACCAAGAAAAUGCAUAUGAUGAUACAACUUCAGGUUCUAAUAUAUUUAGUUCUCUUAAUAAUAACAAUACUAAUACCAACAAUAACAGUAGACAGCCGGAACCUAAUAGAGUAUCAUCUGCUUUGAAUAAUAAUAAUGUAAGAAAUUCAAAUAUCAAAAAUCGUCGUCACUCACGAAUGUCAAAUUCCUUUAUCAUUGAUAAUUUAAGUUCUGCAACUGAUGUUCAAAUCAACUAUAAUGAUAAUACUAAUAUAGAGAAUGCUCAUAAUCUGGAUAAUGACGUAAUUCCAACUAGUGGUAAUAUGACAAUCACACCUCCUCAAUCUCAAGUCUUUCUACAAAGGUCUACAAACAAUAACCAAACCCAGAAGCAUAUAUUACCUAAAAAUGCGUCCUCAACCUUAUUUAAAAAUUAUAGAACUUCAAAUAUUCCACAAAAUGUAAUUAAUACCCCCAAUUAUUAUACCCAAGAUUCAAAUCAAAACCAGCUUAAUACUUUAAAUAAUAACAUUCCUAAUUUGCAACCAUCGACUAAUAUAUCUCCUAAUAAUAAUAUAUCACAAUACCAACCCUAUGGCGAUCAUGGUGAUGGGCCUCAGUCUGACUUACCAUUAGAUGAUAUAAUACCAGCCCCUAUUGAUAACAAUAGUCCUUUUAUAAAUAAUGAAGAAUCAUUCAUACUUCCAAAAAAAACUACACAGCUUCCAUUGAUUUUAAUAACUUUAGCAAAGAUAAAAAAAAGACUAAUAUACAAAAAAAUUUGGAAAUUGCAGAUUCUAGUUUUUUUGAAAGAACAAGAAGAAUUAUUUGUAGAAACAAAUAAUCCAAAGAGAUUUAUUGAGAGCUCAAAUCAUCAAUUAAUCGAUGAAAUUGAUAGAAAUAAGAAUAUUGCUGAGGGGGAAGAUGAAAUUACAACUAUUGAAUAUGAAGAUCAUGAAAUUGAUGAAGAAGAAAUUCGUAAACAUAUUGAUGAUUUAGAUAAAAAGGAAGAUGGAUUCGAAUUAGUUAGUGAGGAAGAUGAAGACUAUAUAGAUAUGGAAACUGCUGGUUUAUCUUCCUCUUCCUCAUCUGAUGACGAUGACUAUGAAGAUAAUCAAAAACCCACACAUGAACAAUUAGAAGAUGCUGAAAAAAAUAUGAAGAUGCUGAAGAUGUUAAAAUUUAUAAAAAAGCAAUCAUCCUUAAUGGCAGCAACAAGAGCAAGAUCAAAUAAUGAUAGUUCAACUCAAAAUUUACUUACUGAUAGUAACUUUGAUAUCAAAACUGGGUUACGUAAAUCUAAAAGAAUCAAAAUAGCACCAUUGGAUUAUUGGAGAAAUGAAAAAGUUGUAUACACUAGAAAAUCUAAAGCUCCAGUAUUAGAUAUUGAAAAAAUAAUAACAUAUGAGCCCACUGAAGAAGAUUUUGAUGAAAAUUUUCAAGAAUCAACAAAAAGAAGAGUUCAAAACAGUAAAAAAAGAUUGGACUUAAAGCAUCGUGUGGAAAAUUUUAGUUCUGAUCGGCCUAAAGGUAUGAGAAAGAGAGGAAGGCCACCCAAGCCAAAAAAUAUUUCCACUUCUACUGAGACUUCAAAGGAUAUUAAUGAAAAAUUGUUAUCUGAAAUCAAAUCUGGAUCUAUUGAAGAGGCAAAAUGGAUCAAAACAGGUGUUUUACAAAAUAGCUCGGUAAAUUCACAAGAUGAUACAGAUAUAGAUGAUAAAGAAAUUAUUGCAUUUAGUGCCAAUUCAAACUUAAAGGAAAAAACCUUUAAGCAUGGUGAUGAAGAAUUUUCAUUACAAAUUAUGUCUGAGAAAUAUAAAGAUCUAUUUGCAAGUGGGAUUAUUAAAAUUCCAGUAGGAGGUAAAAAAAAUAUGACCGAUUCAGAUCAUACAUUUAUGAACUUUCAUGUGAUUCAAGGUGUGUUAGAAGUAAUAUUAAAUGAAAAAACUUUUAUUGUUAUUGAAGGAUCUUCAUUUCAAAUACCAAUCUUCAAUAAUUACUCUUUUAAAAAUAAGGGAAAUAAUGAAGUUAAAAUGUACUUUGUUCAAGUUAGUAUUAACAAUGAUAUACUGAUUAAUGAGCAAACAAGUUUUACUAAUGCUAAUAUAGUUUCUCAGAAUGAAGAUAUCUCAAAGGUAUCUAAUAAUGAUGAUGAUGACCAAUUUGAUUUUAAAAUUGGCAACAAUCACUCAACCACUAUCGAAGAUCAUAGUAUCAAGCAAGUACCAGAUGAACAAGCGCCCUUUAUUAAAAUGGAACAAGGGGCUGAUAUCAAUGUAUCAUCAAUGGAAGUCGAAGGAGGACAUGUAGAUGGUAGUGAUGUAAACUCUAAUGCUAGUAUUCUAGCAAGUAAUAAAAUUGUUGAUAAUAUACUGUCAUCGCCAAAUAUAUCACGAAUCAAAAAUUUACCAAUUAAUCAAUCAUUAACUUCCAUGAGCAUGACGGACAUUGGUUCUUAG